AUGCUGGAGGUUAUUGGAUAUGUAGAUUUUCAACUUAUGCAAUGUUGUAUGAUUGCUGAUAUUAAGCAGAUGACAUCUACAAGUUCCGAAAGGCAGUUAUGCUAUGGACCUGAGGAUCCAUCACUACUCUUUCAUCAAGACGAACACAUUUCAGCCUCAUUGAUGGCUGAUGGCACAUCAAAUAUUUUCAGAGUUCGUCGGACGGAAACUAAGGUUUGGGCAGUGCCAAUACAUGAAAAUGUGAAGUAUUGGCUUGAUGUAUGGGGUUUCAAAGGCGUGUUGGAAUGUAAUAGGCCGAUGAGGAUGGACAAUGAGCUUAUCACUGCCCUUGUCGAGCGCUGGAGGCCUGAGACACACUCUUUCCACCUACCAGUUGGAGAAGCUACCGUAACCUUACAGGAUGUGCAAAGCCUGUGGGGUUUGAGAGCAGACGGGCGUGUUUUCACUGGCUAUGACUACCCUAUCGGAUAUGAAGAUUGGCCCAGCAAGUGUCGAGAUAUGUUGGGAUGGAUACCUGACGUAGACACAGAAACGAAGCAGGGCGGAUUGCUAAUGACAUCUCUGAUCCACCAAGCGACGCUACCUUUGGAUGAUGGGCUGCAUGAUUAUGCAUACAUCCAAAGGGCACGUAUACAUGCCCUGAUCUUGUUAGGAGGACUUAUUUUACCGGACACCACAGGGUGCAAGUUGGGGUAG